AUGAGUCUCUUGAAUCCUGCUAUCGAUACACUCUUGUUCACGUCCCUCCUCAUAGCUAUAGGAUGGCUCAUCGUAUACCACCAAUUUCAUGACCUAUACAAACGCGCCUCCGCAAGCUUCUUCCCAGGCGUCGUGCUCCUACACUCAUUGUACUCUCUGUACGGUCUCAUCCAGCGUUCACCCAACCUUUUCACGCGCCUAGGAAUCCCUCUCACUCUCCCCGUUGAGCGUAUCCAUGCGUUACUAUUAUCAGAGGCUGGAUUUGGGGCGGGUGGAGGAGGAGACGGAGGACUUGCUGUGCCAGUGCCAAUGCCACCUGAUCUUGAACUUUUACUAAGUCGACUUAGGACUGAUGAAUCGAGGGGAUGGUUUGUACGGUUUGGUCAAAGGGCACUCCAGACCUGCGCCCCAUGCACCUCCGCGAGUGAUUACGCACUCUUUGUCUUUGCAAGCGCGAUUCUCGCGUAUAUCCGUACUGCGGCGGCGUUGUUGUUGCUUACAUCCAGCGCAAAUGGGAGGGAUAGAUGGAGGGGGUAUGUUUUAGGCGUGUUAGUGUGUGCAGCCCUUGCGGAAGGUUAUGUCGUGACGAGCGCGAGUGCGAUGCCGCUUCCCAGGGAUGGAAUGAGGGUGUUCAUGUGGCACGACAAUAUCCAGUCCGCACGCCAAGCACUGUUCCUCUUACUCCCGCUUCUUACACAGUUCCUUCCUGUAUCACAGCAGCCAGGACCACCCAGUACAUCCCUCGCACCCGCUCUCGCACACCUCGAGCGUUCCCUCCCACGCGCACACCUACUGAAUUCCACGCGCGCUGCCAUUAUGCGCCAGCCUGAGCUGCGGGAGCGGGCGGUGCGGUGGUGGGCGCAGGAAAAGAUGGAAGGGGAUGCAGGGAGGGAAGAUGAGGGGGUGCGGAAAGCGGCGGAGAAGAUGGGGCUUGGGUAUGCGGAUGGGGGAUGGUGA